UUGUAAGGCGUGGACUCAACCGCAACGUGAACGCUACAUUCAGCUGGCGAUGCUAGGGAUUGUGGUGACAGUUUCCGGUGUGUGUGUUGCACGCUUUUGUUGUCUUAGAUCUAACCAUCAAAGAUCGUUUGGCCCAAAUUGUUCCCCGAUCGCAGAGUGUUACUGGUGAAUUGCUACCCGAGAUUGAUUCCAGUGUGAGAGAAAGACGAAAAUGGCAACAAACGGCGAUCCGGAAAGAGUUUUAGUGACUGGAGCGUCAGGUUAUCUGGGCUCCCACAUUGUCCAGCUGGCCCAGAAGGCAGGCUACAAGGUGAGGGGAUCAGUGCGGGACCCCGAGGAUGAAAAGAAGGUCAAGCACCUCAAGACGCUGUGCCCAGAGGCUGCCCACGAGGUGGAACUGGUGAAGGCGGAGUUACAGGAUGCAGACAGCUGGAAGAGUGCUGUUGAGAGUUGCACAUAUGUGAUUCACACAGCCAGUCCAUUCCCAUUUGCUGCGCCGCGCAACCCAGACGAUGUGAUCAAGCCGGCUGUGGAGGGCGUGACCAACCUUCUCAAGGCCUGUGUGGAAGCCAAGACGGUGAAGCGUGUGGUGCUGACCAGUGCUGGGCUUGCCAUUUGCGGUACUUUAAGAGGUGUGGAAGUGUCAGAGAAGGACUGGCCAGAGACGGACAAGCUGGAUGCCUAUGCCAAGAGCAAGACGUUAGCAGAGAAGGCAGCCUGGGACUUUGUCAAGGAGCUCAAGGAUGAGGAGAAAUUUGAGCUAGUGGUCUUGAACCCUGUCUCCAUGCUGGGCCCAGUCAUCAGCACCACCAUGUGCACCAGCAUCGAGCUGAUCAAGCGGCUCCUGGAGCGUAACCCCAUGUUCCUUCCCAAGAUGAACCUGCCCAUGGUGGAUGUGCGUGAUGCCGCAGCAGCCCAUAUCAAGGCCCUGACGAUACCGGAGGCUGCAGGGAAUCGUCACAUCUUGUGCACCCAGAACAUGUGGUGGUCAGAGGUUGCAGCCAUCUUGAGUGCUGAGUUCAAGUCACAGGGUUACAAUGUCCCUUCCAUGGGGGUGCCCAAGGCAGCCGUUAGUAUGGCAAGCGUCUUCAAAAAAGAUGCCAAGCAGGUCCUUCCCAUUUGGAACAAAACGACCAAGUUUGACAACACAAGGAUGAAAGAAGUUCUGCAGAUGACAGAGCCACGAGACAUGAAGAUAGCUAUCAUUGAAAUGGCUUACAGCAUCAUUGAAGGUGGCUUUGUCAAGCGUAGCAAGAAGUAUCGAGGAGAACAUGGCAAGGAAGAGGGAGCCGCCAAUGGCCCCACAAAGAAUGGAGAGAUCAAGGAGGACAGCAAACCCAAGGAAGACGGGGAGGUGGUGACCACAGGGGAUAAAGAGGAGGGGAAGGGAAAGGAAGGAGAAGCAAUUGCUGAGGGAGAAGCCAAGACUGGAGAUGACUCAAAGAAAGAAGCUGAUGGCGAUGCCAGCGAGGAGAAAAAAGAGGCACCAGCGGCUGCAGUUUCAGAGAAGGAAGAAGGAGAUCCCGCUUCUGCCACCGAAGGAGAGAACAAGACAGAUGAGGCCAAGGAGGUGGAGAGCAAAGCCAGCACAGAGCCAGCCAAGGAGGACAAAGCUGAGGAAGCAGACAACAAGGAGGAUACCCCAGAGGAAAGCGGGGAUAAAGAGGCAGCAGCUGAGAGCAAGAAGGAUGAAGUAGAGGUAAAUGGAGAGGUGGAUGCAAGCGGCGAUGCCGCAGCAGCCGAGUAGCAGAUUUAAUUGCGUAGCAGCUUUUAAAAGUAUAAUUUGGGUCAAUUUUACAGCAGUACUCUGGUAAGAAGUACUGUUUUGGAUGCAUUAUGUGCUAGUCGUUGCUUCAGCCACAUUAAGCAACAAUAUCAGAAACCAACUUGCUGUGGUUUCAAAUGUGCCUGGAGAGAGAAAAAAAGAUGAUGCCAUUAAGUGCCAUUAAGAAAAACACGUGGAAUUGCCUUGCAAAGUCUGAAAACAAAAACAAAUUUAAAAGUAAUGCUUAGACAUUUUUUUAAAAUAGAUUUAUUGGUGCUGUGUACAUAGCGUCAUUACUGGAGAUGAAAAGGAAAGGAAGGAGAUAGGGCUAUUGAUAGUUGUAGAACUCGUGUGCACAACAAAGAGAGAAACUCUUGCUGGUUUGAAAGCUGAUUAACUCACUCCCUUAGCCCCAACUCUCCUAGUUUCUUUAAAAUCCACCGGGAGGAUUAUUAAAGGAUUGUGUGAGGUUUAUAUUGCUUGAUCACUACAUCUGGAAAAAAGAGGGCACUGUUAGGUCCUGACACAUUGGAAAUUCCUAGCAAAACUGCAUUGCAAGGAGAGGCUGAGCAAGGCCAAAGGCUUUGAUGAAUGAAUGGCGGCCUGGCAAUUCCCAGGGUAUUAAAUUUCAUCCUGCACAAGGUACAGAAGUUCAGUAGGUAUAAAUACAAAUUUGUGUGUGCACAAACCUUACAUGCCUGGUGUAGACCUGUGAACAAGAGGUCCACAUCAUGCAGGUUGUGAGAACCUUGGGUGGAAAUAGUUUUCCUAGAUCAAGAAAAAGGAGUAUUUUUACUGAGUUUUCUAAACUACACGAAACAAAGGAAUGUCCACAAUAGGUAGGUAACGCCAGGUUGUGUCUGUGGUGAGGCCUUACCGUGUUAUGGGGACAAUUUCUUCUGUUGGGAAAGUCAGGAUCUAAUUAUUGGGACAAAAAUUUGUCUCCGUAACAUUUUUGGUAACCCAUAACAUCUUUAUUUCAACCCAUGUGUAAUCCCCAAACCCCAAUAACAAGUAUGGGUGUGCUUUGGGGGGUGGUUUCCUUUUUUUAAAAAUCGUUACAUACAUUUAGUACAGGUCCUCGACUAGAUAUUGCUGCUAAUGAUGAGAAUCAGACAAGGCUGAGUGACUUCAAUCGCAAUCACGCAGUACACAAGAUUAAACACUGUAAAAGAUUCAUUGAUGCGACCUCAUGCCAUGCAUGGAUAUGGGGGGGGGGCGGAACGUGUACUGUCGAAGCAUGUACUCCAUACUCAAGCAGCCCUUCACUUGCAAAGAAUAGGGAGGCUUAUGGGUCCCACGUUCUGACUGGGUAUCUGUUGCCCUUUUAGAGGCCAUACACUCCAGUGAAAGUAAGAAAUCAGUUACCCUGGAUGGCAUUAAACGCAUUACAGUAUGUUGUGUUCCAGCUGUACAUGGAUUGAUUACCAUGCAUGGUACGUAUUCAACCAUUUGCCUUGUCUGACUGGCUUGUCCAUUGCUCCUGGAAGAGGGUAGACUGCUCCCCCUCCUCCAUUGUUCGAAUUUUGAAUGGUGACUUGGUAGGUGGGACCGGAUAAUGGGCCCUCCUUUCCGUUGCAGACUGCUGAGGGAUAUUAGUGAACAGAACUCUUUGGAAUUCAGAAGCAUCAACUGGUGUUUCCCUGGAUACUGGAUAGAGACAGGCUGUCUGUUUCAGUUUUUACUGAAUGCUUAUGUAAUUGCCCAUAAAAAUCGGUGGGACAGGAUGUGAAACUUCUGGCAGCCGGAUCCAUGCAGGGAAACACUUAAAAACUCUCAGUCAAUUGCAUCUGCGUGGGAGAUUUUGUACUGAAGUGCAUGCACUCUGGUCCUAUUUGAGUUCGUAGAACUUUCCAGGGGGCAACAUUUUUUUCAAAAGGAUGUACGUUCAGCAGCAGAAUGGGAUUCAAAUUCUGUGAAGGCUAGUUUCCAGACAAUGGCAGUGAGCUCAAAGACGGAUGCAAGCAUGCCAGACAAGGCAGUCGGCGAGUUCUGUCAUUGCAAUCAUGAUCCCACCGGUACGUGUACACUGCUGGGGCUUGGUCGUUUCUAAAGAGUGGGCGUGGUGUUAGUGUUUGCAGUGCAUUGUGGGAUUGAUUGUGUAAUGGAGAUAUGUUGCCGUCUGGUUUUCUACCUGAAAAUGAUCAGUGUACACAGAGGUACAAAGACGCACUUACUUGUUUCUGGGUUGAGGGGACUACACACGUGUUGAAACAUAGCAGUUCAGGGUGCACACUGCACAUGAUCAGUAAAGUUAAAACAUGGUUCAUUUCUGCCAGUUUGUGUCAGGGUUGGACAACAAAAUCUACAGAUGAAAUGUUGUCUGGGGAUAUGCUUUUGCAAGUUUGGUCAAGUUUAUAAUGGUGUCCACCCACCUGGUCAUGCCAUUGAGUGCACGUGCCCAUUGGCUGGAUAUGCCACUUCGUGCUACUGCUGAUUCCAUUGGAUGUCACAAGUGGUCUUUGUUGAGGUAGCAACAAGGUUGUACUUGCAAACCGUAUUGGAACUGGCACUGGUUUCCCCUGUGAAUGAGGAGCUGCUGAACUUUUAAUACUGUGAAGCAUCAUCAAGCCAGAUGGAAUGGGCAUUGGUGCCUUGCAUUGUCCGCAUUCUGCAUCUCUUCAAAGCUCUAUGAAAUGAGAUACACCAGACUUUAUUAUGGAAGUGUUCUUUCCACACUGUGUUUUUAUUUCAUUUUUAUCAGUAACUGAAUGGACAGAGAUCGUGCUUUUAGAAUUUUUCAAGAAAGGCUUCUGGGUAAUAGAACUGGGGGAAACUGGAACUUGGUACCUGCUCCUUUGGUCAGGUAUCAGGUAAACAGCCCUAAUGUCACUCAAUAACUGUGUUUUGGGCCUUAAAUGUGCCACUCUCUCUCCCUUUUUCAGUUGGUUAAUAUUGAAACCAGGCUCAAGUGUCCCCACUCACCCAUACAUGUACAUGUAUUUAUAAUGCUGGGUUUUAUUAAAGAUAUGCUGUACUUCAUUCCUUCAUUUUUUAAAAUUGUGGGUGAGAUUUUGUGUGGGGGGGGGGGGUUUGGGGGGCGGAAACCUUGUUGAUGAUCAACAAAAGAGUUUUGCAGAUUUUGGAAAUUAAGAUUGCACUUGAGUUGUUAUUGAAUUUAAAUGAGUAUCUGCUUGCUUGGUUCCUCUGGGAUGUUUGUUUUUACUUUGAUGCACAGUGGUUGAGUGGACAUGGAUGAAAAGUUACAUUCAGACAUUGUGCACUGAAGUCUGAAGGCCAUACCAACUACAAGUUGCCUCAGCGAUGUACUUCCAGAUCUUAUCGUUGUUCUGGACUGUCAUCACUGAAAUAAAAACCACAAAAAAACUGAAUCCCAUUCAUAGAUUACGAUUAAAAAAGGUUUUUGUGUACAUGUGAUGGGGAUUUUGUAGUUGGUUAAACACGAUUUACACAGUCUACUACAGCAAUAUGCAAAUAUCUAUACGCUCACCCUCAUAAUCUGCCCAUGCCGUGAUUUGCCAAUGUUUCAACCUCAUUCCCAGACUAAAAGUCUUCAUCCUUGGGAUACUUUCUUGUCUUGUUAUACUGACUAGUCUGCUUAGAAUUCAGUAGCUUGCAUUAUUUACUCCUUGGUAAAACUCCAUUUUAAAGGCAUUAUUAUUAUGUAUUGUAUAUUUCUUCCAUUUAUUCAGUUAUUAUUUAAUAAUUAUGAAACGAUUGCAUUUUUGUAUCUUUUAUGUUUAAGGAAAAUUUGAAAUAAUGUGGAUGUGGUUUUAAUAAGUACUUGCAAAAGUUGUUGAAUUUGUUUUGGAAACAAAUCAAUUUUGUACUCCUCCUGUCUUCUUGAUGAAGAUAGUGGCAAUUUCUGACCAAUUUUGUAAAUGCGAGAAAUGUCCAUCUUUUUGAAAUGGCAUCUUUUUUUACUUGUUUAAAAACGAACUAUGCACGGCAGUAUUGUUGUAACCUCUGGUGCCCGGUUUUGUAUGCAUUCGGGAGAUAUUUUGCAAGAUUCCAACCACUUGGUACCAAAUAAAGAGCCUACAAUCAAAUUUGUAAUUCCUGCUAAUCUGCCAAGUGCUCGCAGGAAUUUGCAUUUCUUGCAUGUAUUCCAUCUUGCCCAUGUAACUCUGUGUAAAUGUGUCGUUAUAAUUAGUGUCGUCAAGGUGUCAGUCCUUACUACCGUUCUACGAAAAUACUAGCCGCUUUUCUCUGUGUUGGACUAGAAGCUCUUUGGCUUCUUGGCUAUGUAGUUCUGCGCUUGUUUGAGCAGAUUACUGGAAUUGGUUAGACUACAAAUACAUAUUCAAAAAUGCACACAAAAGAAAUGAAGUUCAUUGUCCAGUUCCUUUCUUGGUUGUAUUUGUGUUAUUGGAGCAGUCUGCUAGAUGUAAUGUAAGUCAAGUUGGUGCUCUGGAAUUGGAGGAAGCAACGAGUUUCAUCUGUUUUUUUCGUUUGUUUGAAUGCUUCGACUGGGUGUUAUUAUUUCACGUUUGCGUUCACAGUGUCUAUAACACUGCUCAGAGAGUUCACGUCUAAACACUUGUAUACCUUUUGUAAUUCUAUUACUUUUUAUAACUGUAUUUUAUUGAAUGAAAAAUAUUAAUAUUGGAAUACAUUGAAUAAUGCAAGUAAUAUUUUGCACCUAUCGCAUUUUUUUUAUUCAGAAGUAUCUUACUAGAUAUAAACAGAACGUAAAUAUUAAAGUAUCCCCGGCAGCCAUACAAACGUAUUGUAGCAUAACGACGAGGAUUCCUCAUAAAAUUAAAUGGAGUAGUUUUACGCUGAAAAUGUUAAAACGUUGCCCACUCAAUUCAGCAUUAAACAUUUAUCAGUAUAAUACGAGUGUUUUUGGUUACUGGAAGAAUGUUGGACGAACACGGAAGUGCAUUGUCUGGAGUUAUGCGAUUUUCAUUGGUGAGAAAAUUAAUGACAGCCCUGUAAAGGAAUCUUUAUGUGUUGUACUUGUGCUAAGAUGUAUUUGCAUGCAUUCUGGUCUGGAAUAUUAAACGUCUGCAUUGCUAAA